AUGGAAGCCCCGCGCAGGGGACGGGCCCGCUGGCUGGGGACCCUCCUGGCCGCCUGCCUGGCCACCCUGCCGGUCAUCAGCGCCUGUCCCCGGCCCUGCGCCUGCCACGGCCCCGCCGAGCUCCACUGCACCUUCCGCUACUUCAGCACCGUGCCCCCGCGCAUCCCCCCGGACGUGCAGCGCAUCAAUCUGGGCUACAACAGCCUGAGAAAACUGAGCCCCACAGACUUUGCUGGCCUGGAGAAACUGGAGUUACUGAUGCUGCACAGCAAUGAGAUCAGCAUGAUCCCUGAGAGGGUGUUCAGUGAUUUACGUUCACUACAGGUCUUAAAAAUGAGUUACAACAAGGUCAGGGUGCUUCAGCAGGGUGUGUUUUAUGGCCUGAAGAGCUUGGUACGGCUGCAUAUGGACCACAAUCAAAUUGAAUUUGUAAAUCCCAAUGUUUUCUAUGGACUCACUUCCCUGAGAUUGGUCCACCUGGAUGGAAAUUUACUCCAGCAGUUGCAUCCAGACACUUUUGUCACCUUCCACUAUAGCCAGAUAUUCAAAAUAUCCUUCCUGAAGCACAUCUCUUUGUCUGACAAUAUGCUGACUUCACUUCCACAAGAAAUGUUUUCCUACAUGUCCGAGCUUGAGAGCAUUUACCUGCAUGGAAACCCCUGGUCCUGUGAUUGCAGCCUGCAGGAGUUCACAGUGUGGGCACAGGAGAGACCAGAUGUUAUAAAGUGUAGAAAAGACAGAAGUUCUGGUGCCCAGCAAUGCCCAGUCUGUGCUAGUCCCAGAAAUCAUAAUGGGAAAAGCUUAACGGAUCUUCCUUCUGCAUCUGUCACCUGCAAUAAGCCAGUCAUAGACAACUCCCUGAAAUCCAGAAACCUCUCAGUGCCAGACGAUGGGGAUUUCAGUUCUGUGUCUCCCAAGGACUUCAUAGCUCCAAUAGGAUCCCUGGCUUUGAACAUAUCUGACCAAGCAGGAAAUCGAGGCAGCGUGGUUUGCAACGUCCAAAAACCUAAAGAAAUGUCUCCCAUCUCAUUUUCCCGAGAUGGCAGCAGCACAGUGCUCCAAACCUCCUUCUCAGCUGUCCUGGUGUGUGGCAUCAGUCAUGGGCACAUCCAGCAGCUGUGGAGCAUCCUGGCACUGUACAGCAAUUCUCCCUUGAAACUGGAGCAGACUGUCCGGGCGGCUGAUGUGCCUUUUGUUGGUUACAAAUAUAAACAGAUCCACACUGAAAAAGAUGAACUUUUCACCAAUAUUGAGGCUGACCUGAGGGCUGACCCAGCCUGGCUGAUGCAGAGCACAGUGGCACUGCAGCUGGACAGGACAGCGACCACGCUCAGCACGCUGCACAUCCGCUACUUCAGCCGUGCCCAGGUCAGUGUGCCCAGCACUGACAGCAACCAGGGCAGCACUAACUGGGCCAUCAUCCACAGGGACAACAGCACCCAGAGGGAGCACACUGUGCUAGUCGGGGGCACCGUGGAACUGGGGUGCCAGGCAGCUGGGGAGCCAGCUCCUGCUGUGGAGUGGAUAUUGGCCGAUGGGAGCAAAGUGCGAGCUCCUCACAUCAGCGAGGACGGGAGAAUCAUCGUCCUCAGAGCUGGAACGCUGACCUUGCGGGCGGCUGACGUGUUUGACACGGGGCUCUACCACUGCAUCGGCUCCAACAGCGACGAUGCCGACGCUCUGACGUUCAGAAUCACCGUGGUGGAUCCUCACGUGGAACACAGCAGUGUAAACGGAGCCCAGCUGCUGACAGCUGUUGGCAGCACCCUCCACCUGCCCUGCACAGCCACGGCUGCUCCGGACGCUGCCAUUGCCUGGGUGCUGCCUGAGCUCACAAUCCUUCGUCAGUCUGCAGGAAACAAACAUGUUUUUGGCAAUGGCACCUUGAGAAUACAAGGGGUGACAGAGCGAGACGGAGGGUACUUCCGAUGCAUUGCAGCCAACCCGUACGGUGUUGACCUUCUGGUUUUCCAGGUGCUAGUGAAACAGGAUGAGACCGCUCCAAAGAAAAGGCUUGGAGCUGUGGCAGAGUGGGAAGGGGGUGACGGCUCUGGCAAUGCACUGCUGGGCUCUGCUGAAGCACAGACACCUCCCUCAGCCACUCCAACCACCCUGACAGCUCCUCUGAAAUCGGCUGCAUCAGCGUCCAGCAGCCAGGGCACGCAGAGCGCACGCCAAAGGAACAGCCACGGGAAGAUGCCUCGCAGGCCCUCCAGGGACAGAACAGGCAGGCUCAGGCGGCUCAGGGGGCACAGGAGACAGUUUAUUUCCUCAGGCAGAAGAGUCGAUCCACAGCGCUGGGCAGCCUUGCUGGAGAAAACCAAGAGAAACUCAACACUGACAGACAAACGAGGAGGAGUUCCAACAGAACCACCCAUUCAGGUCCAAAAGUUCUCAGAGGUACCUGAGGAUGAGGAAACAUCUGGUGAUCUGGGAUCUCCAGAAGAGGAAUUCAUGAUGCCAGUAGCAGAGAGAGCCCCAGUACCUGCUCUGGGGAGACCAGUGGAACAUGUGAUCGCUGCAGGGCCCGAGGGCACCGUGAAGGCAGUAACUCCUCUGCCCUCUCCUCUUCCACAGUCUGUGUCACCUGGCAGCACAAGGCCACAAACAUAUCCAAAACCUACAGACUCAUGGGAAAGAUCUGACUUGAGUCAAAUAUCAGCAAAUGGUGUGAAACAAUCAACUGGAGCAAGUGGAGCAAGUGGAACAUCCACACUCUUCCCUGCUGGGCAAAGGCUGGUGUAUUCUGGGCAGCGUAAUAAACAGCAUCUAAAAUCUGCACCCACGACACCCACGACAGAAGCUACAGACACCAGUAAGGCUGUACCUCCCCAAAACACAGCUGACAAGACACAGGUUUUUACUGAGUCUAUCAGUAAAGUUUCCACCAAAACAGAUCCCCAGGUCCCUGUGGUGACAGUCAGUGCACCGAGCCCUGAGUUUGGCUCCGUUUAUUCUCAUACUGCUCAGAAAGGAGGAACCUCUAAGCCACCACUGACCUCAACUAUCACUACUCAUCAGCAAAUUCGGGUUAUCCAGGACAUUCCAACUCACACACCCCAGCUCCAGCAGCAGUAUGGAAGACGAAGGAAAGUUUCUGGUCGGAGACGAAUUGUGAGGCCAGGACAUAUCCCAGGUAUGAAAGAGCACCGAUACAAUUUUGGGAGGGCAGGGUCUGCCAGAGGAAAUACAGCUGUGGCUGCAGGUGUUCAACUGAAUAUGAAUUAUGUAUCAAAUGUAACAACUUUAAAUAAUUUAAGCAGCUCCAUCAAUUCAUUUAGCCCAGAAGCCCCCCUGUCCUCCCCCUCCACCAUGAAUUUGCCGUUGGAGCCAGUGGUUACCCAUCAAAACACAUUGUUCCUCAAGGAAGAGGAGAACGAACACAGUGCAAAGCAAAAAGCUGCUGCCACAGUCGUGUCUGUCACUACAAAGGGCACUGCUACUACUUGCAACCCUACCAGACUGUUGGGUUUGAAGUCAGCAGUCUCAUCUGUUAUUACUCCUCAAUCUGACACCAGAAUCACCAAAAGCAAAAUAUUCAGAGUGGGAGGAAGAAGAGGUCAGAGGAGGAAGAAGCCUCCUAAAGUAUCUGCAGCCCACAGCACUGCAGCCACCUCCUCCGUGAGCACAACCACCCCCGAGCUGACAGCAGGUACAUCACCAGCUGUGCCUCCGAGUCUUACACCUGCAAAACCUCUCCCUGGGAGCAUCAGCCCGGUCUCUGUGACCAAAACACCAGCACUGUGGAGCUCUGACACCCCAGAGCCACCUCAGCAUAUGUCCACAGCAGCCACACAGACACUGGUGGCCCUGGUCACACAGAGGAAUGCCCAGCUGGCCACGUCACUGCCCACUAGCCUGGCUGCUCACAGCCCCACCAUGGCACUCCAAACCACACCAGUCACAACAAGGAACACCCAGCUGACCACAGCACCACCUGUCAGUCCUGCCCAGACCUCCACCACAGCUCUCCAAAUCCCGCCGUGGCUGGGUGAGCCUCCCGGUGCUGCACGUGCCCAACCUGCUGCAGUCAGCGCCACAUCAGGGGCAGCGCCUGCUCAGCACAUCAGAGCCACUGCCACGGCAGGAAGAGAAUCCUACCUGAAAAUGGGGGAGACAGUUGUGCAGGAAAACCAGGCAGCACAGUCCACAUUCCCAGCAAGAACUGUGUCAAGGGCUCCUGCUGCACUCCCAGACAUCAGCAUUCCCAGCACUCAGCAUCCCACCCCUCAGCCAGCCCCGACGGCAGCUGUGCCACUUGCACCUACUGUGAGAGCCCACCUGCCUCCACGGGAGGAUGUCCAGUUCUGGCCCCAGCCACCUACCAAAGGCACGGAGAGGGACAACACGCUGACUGUCAGGACACCGACCACUCCAAAGUCCUCACAGACUGCAGCUCCGCGGGGAAGGGACAGGGACAGCUCUGUCAGAGGCUGGUCUGAAUGGAGACAAGAUCAAGAAACCACCACCACCCCCAGUCCCUUCGCCUUGGGCUCUGCAAGCAAAAACCAUUUUGCAAAGCCCAGAAUAGCUGGAGGGAAAUUGGCUGCUUUCACUGUGCUGGCAAAUUCUGAUGCUUUUAUUCCUUGUGAAGCUACUGGGAACCCCCGUCCAACAAUACAGUGGACCAAGAUCCCAUCAGGGGCUCAGGCUGCGGGGCGCGGCGGUGCCGGCAGGUGGGUGGUGUUUGCCAACGGGACGCUGUCCAUGGCCCAGGUGGGCCUGGGGGACGGCGGGCAGUACCUGUGCACCGCGGCCAACGCUCUGGGCACGGCACAGCUCCUGGUCACCCUGUCGGUGCUGGCCUACUCGCCCCGCAUCGCCGGCAGCCGCCACCGGCUGCUCACCGCGCACUCCGGCAACACCGUGGCGGUGCCGUGCAAGGCCGAGGGCAGGCCCCCUCCCACCAUCUCCUGGGUUCUGGCAAAUAAAACCCACCUCUCCGGCUCCUCCGCGGGGAACGACAGAGCUCACGUGGAAGCGGAUGGCACGUUGGUUAUCCGGGGGGUCACUGUGUACGACAGGGGCCUCUACACCUGCCUGGCCAAAAACCCUGCGGGCACCGACACGCUGGCCCUCAAGCUGCAGGUCGUUGUGGCCCCUCCCACCAUUCUGGAGGAGAAGAGACAAAGCGUGGAAGGAAAGAUGGGGGAAAGCCUAGAAUUCCCUUGCACAGUGCAAGGGAAGCCUCAGCCCACCGUCCACUGGGUCCUCCCCGAUGGCACGGCCGUGAAGCCUCUGCAGUUGGUACACACGAGGCUGUUCCUGUUCUCCAAUGGCACCCUCCACCUGGGCAGCAUCGGCCCUUCCCACAGCGGGAACUACGAGUGCAUAGCCACGAGCUCCAGCGGCUCGGACAGGAGGGUGGUCAGCCUCGUGGUGGAGCACAGGGACACGCUCCCAAAAAUAGCCAUCGCCUCUAAAGAACAGACUCACCUGAAUUACGGAGAUAAAUUGCUUCUGAACUGCACAGCAACUGGGGAGCCCAAGCCCAGGGUCAUGUGGAGGUUGCCUUCCAAGGCUGUUGUGGACCAGUGGCACAGAAUGGGAAGUCGGAUCCGUGUCUACCCCAACGGAUCCCUGGCUAUUGAGGCAGUUACUGAAAAGGAUGCAGGUGAUUAUCUGUGUGUCGCAAGAAACAGAAUUGGGGAUGAUCUGCUACUGAUGAAAGUCAGCAUCACAAUGAAACCAGCCAAGAUUGACCAUAAGCAGCACUUCAAGAAACUGGUGCCAUACGGCAAGGAUUUCAGAGUGGACUGCAAGGCCUCAGGGUCGCCCACACCAGAGAUAUCUUGGGGUCUGCCAGACGGAACGCUGGUCAACAACGCGAUGCUGGCGGAUGACAGCGGGCACAGGUCCCGCAGGUACAUCCUCUUUGACAACGGGACUCUGUACCUCAACAAAGCUGGAGUGACAGAAGGAGGAGAUUACACCUGCUAUGCCCAAAACACUCUGGGGAGGGAUGAGAUGAAGAUCCGUGUCAUGGUCAUCGUGGCAGCCCCUCGGAUAAAGCACAAUUACAAGACGUAUGUUACAGUGUCAGCUGGGCACACGGCACUGCUGGACUGUGAAGCUGCUGGAGAUCCCAGGCCACAGAUAUUCUGGUUGCUGCCUUCCACUGAGAUGAUCUCCUCGUCCACAGACAGACACUCCCUGCACACCAACGGCUCUCUCUCCAUCAGCCACACCAGACUGCUGGAUGCUGGGGAGUACAUGUGUGUGGCUCGGAACCCUGGUGGGGAUGACACCAAACUGUAUAAGCUGGAUGUGGCUGGUAAACCCCCCAUCAUAAACGGUUUAUACAGGAACAAAACAAUCAUGAAGGUGACAGCAGUGAGGCACUCAAAGAAACACAUUGACUGCCGGGCAGAGGGGACACCUCCCCCUCAGAUUAUGUGGAUCAUGCCCGAUAACAUUUUCCUCACAGCCCCAUAUUACGGGAGCAGGAUCACGGUGCAUGAAAACGGGACGCUUGAGAUUCGGAAUAUCAGGCCUUCGGACACGGCGGAUUUUAUCUGUGUGGCACGGAACGAUGCGGGAGAGAGCGUGCUGGUGGUGCAGCUGGAGGUCACGGAAAUGCUACGGCGACCGAUGUUCAAAAACCCAUUCAACGAAAAAAUUAUAGCAAAACCUGGGAAAACUACCACACUGAACUGCUCUGUGGAUGGAAACCCUCCCCCAGACGUAAGCUGGAUGCUGCCCAAUGGCACGUGGUUUUCCAGCGGCAUCAGCACGCCCCAGUUUCUCACGGGAAGCAACGGGACCCUGACCAUCUACAAUCCCAGGAGAGACCAAGCGGGGCGGUACCGCUGCGCUGCCCGCAACAAGGUGGGCUAUAUCGAAAAGCUGAUCAUCCUGGAGGUUGCCCAGAAGCCCCAUAUCCUCAGCCACCCCGUGGGGCUGGUGAAGGGCGUCAGCGGGGAGCCGCUGUCACUCCACUGCCUGGCCGAGGGGAGCCCCAAGCCCAGCACGGCGUGGACGCUGCCGGGGGGCCGCGUGCUGGACCGGCCGCAGGUCAGCGGGAGGUUCCUGCUGCUGGAGAACGGCACGCUGCUCAUUCGGGAGGCCACGGCCCACGACGGGGGCGAUUACGUGUGCAGGGCCCGCAACGCCGCCGGAGACUCCUCCGUGACCGUGGCCGUCACCGUCACAGCCUACGCCCCGCGGAUCACGGGCAGGCCCCCGCCCGCCCUGCACACGCUGCCGGGGGCUGCAGUCCAGCUGCACUGCACGGCGCUGGGCAUACCCAAACCAGACAUCACCUGGGAGUUACCUGACCGCUCCAUCCUCUCCACAGCCCACCAGGGCCGAGGAUCGGGGGGCGAGCUGCUCCACCCCACGGGCACUUUGUUCCUCCAGAAUCUCCGACCUUCCCACUCCGGCAUGUACAAGUGCACGGCGAGGAACCCCCUCGGCAGUGACUUCGCAGUAACAUAUGUCCACGUCAUCUGAAGUCAGAAAUGCAGCAGGAGUGAUGGUGAACACGGGCUGCAGCUGGACUGAGGUCAUCCUUGGAAUGAGUCUAAUCAAAGGCAGCCAAAGGCAUGUGAGUGCCUGAAAACACUUACAGUGUUCAGUCUGCAGUGACUGGGCAAAAGGAGAGAGGAAGGGGAAAAUUAGCUCUAGCAUUAUUAGCUAGCAUUGGUUCUCUCCACGUUCAAGGGAUUUAAAGCAAACUCUGCCAGCAAACAUAGACUAUCAAACACAAUUUACUUUCUGGAAAUGUACACAGAGAGCUCCUGUAUGGACAGAAUUAUUCAUAUCAGUUCAAUACUGCCCACCUGGAAUGACUGUCAUAAGCACAGAUCACAGAGGGCACGAACAUCUGGGAACUAAAGAGCAGGUUUAUUGGG